AUGUGGACGUGGGUGGCUGACUACUGGUGCAUCAACGUGCCACUCAAGUCGGUGGAGGAGCUGGACGCCGAGACCUGGUUGGUGAUGUGUCCGCGCUUCGGCGGAACGUACGCCACGUGGACCGUCCUCCGCUUCAGUCGAUGGCACGUUGCGGUGUUGUCGUGGCUGAGUUUCUUCAUGCUCGGCUCCAUCUACUCGUUCCAGAUCUUGGCGCCGCCGUUGGAGCGGUACUUUGCUCCGUACACGGGCUUGUCUGGGUUUUACGGGUCAACGCUUGUGUUGGGCGUCGUGGCUGCCAUCGUGGGGCCGUUUGUCGAGCGGCGCGGUCCUCGCACCGGUAUGCUGCUUGGCUCGGUCCUCGUCGUGGGUGGACUGGCCCUGUCGCACAUUGCGGUCGUAGCUCGGAAUCAAUCGCUCUUCACGUGGUCGUACAGCGCCCUUGUGGGCGGAGGCUACGGCGUGGUGCUAUUAACGGCCAUGUCGACGCUGCAGAAAUGGUUUCCCGAUCUGCGGGGCUUCGUAUCUGGACUCGCGAUUGUGAGCUUGGGGGUGGGCACGGGCCUCUGGACAAAGUUUGUACUUACUGCAACGACCGUGCCAUGUGACUGUGUAGCCAUCACGGCACUGCUGCUGUUCAUCGUUGCCACCAUGGUGAUGCGGACGCCGCCGGCUAACUUUUCUGUCGGCGGGCACGACAUCCACUGCGUGCCCGUACACACUUCAUCCGGCCAACGCAUGCAACACCAGCACCUCCAGGAUGAAUACUUCAAGGUCGGCAUGACGUUGGUCAACUACUCUGACCACAUCGCCAACACAGACAGCAACACGGACAACGUCUACUUUGAGCACGUCCGGGCCCUGUCACUGGUGCAAUGCAUCGCUUCGUCCGAUUUUAUGUGGCUGUACGUGGCCUUUGCAGCCAACGUCGCCCCCAUCGUGUUGGUCGUGCCCAGCUUAUUCAACAUCGCGACCACCGUCUUGGAGGCUUCUAGCGAGGACGCAUCGACGUUUGUCCGGUACUUGUUUCUGGCCACGAGCAUAGGCAGGUUUAGCGGCCCUGCGGCAUCGGACGUGCUUAUCCGGGUGUGCUAUGCCAACCCAGCGUUCGCGUUCGGUCGCAAGCUGAUGUUUGGGCUGCUGCUGACCAUCCAAGCUGUGGCCACGGGGCUGCUGGUCGUGGCCACCCAUGGCAACGACAGUGGCAGCAGGUUCCGGUGGCCGGCGUACGUGCUCGGGUUUGCGCUGGGCGGCGGCUUUGCAAUCAUGCCAGCGCUGGUUACCGACAUGUUUGGCGUGUUCAACACGGGCACAAUGUACGGGCUCCUGCUCACGAGCUGGUCUAUGGGGGCGACGGGGUGGGGGCUCGUGGCGGCUACGGACGUCGUCUCCAACGAAAGCGUGGCCAGCCAGCUGUGGGUACUGCUGGUCGUGGCGAUCGUUGGUGUCGUGGUGCUACCCCUUGUCCGCACCAACACCAUGGACCGGUUUUACCGGGGGUACCAGCUCACGAUGUGUGACACUGUGGUCGUCCAAGUGCCGAGCCGGAAAAUGCGCCUCGAAAAGUAA